AUGUCACCCAAACCCGAACCUCUCGACACUUCGAGCUCGGCCGUGCAACGAGAACAUCAUCCUAUCUCACACUCGUCGAUUCAGUCGCUUCCCAUUCCCGCUGCCAGUAAUAGUCGGUUUGGUGCAUCUCUGCCCGCACUGCAGGAUCCACGAUACUCAGCUACCAGCAGUUCUGGUUACGAAUCUUCCAGUCCCACAUCGGCUGCUUCUUCAAUCGCCUACUCGCCAUUCACAAGCGUCUUCCAGCCCACCUCCUAUCCCACGAGUGCCUCGUCUACCACCUUUCCAUCUUACUCCAUGAGUUCUGAACCACGACCAAGAAUCCCUUCAAUACAUAGUCCUACUUCUGGUAUGGGUCCGCACCACCGCUCCUCCUCGGGCAGCACAAAGUCUGUCUCACCCUCACUUGGUUCGUCCGCGAGAGCAAACUAUGCUACAUCCACGCCCCAUCUUUCACAUCAUCUUCCUUCUCGGGGACCUCAGUCAGAAUCUUUGCCAUCACCUCAUUCUCCACUGACACCAGCUAGCCGUGCUCUGGACUCUCCUACGAUCACUGUUUCCCCUACCGCUGGUAGCAACCUCGCCUCGCCAUUACCAGGGCAACAUGACCCUACUUCCAAUGGUCUAGGCGUCAACUCUGCCGGCCCUCCCCUAGGGGAGACUCAACUCAUUCAUUCACUUACUUCAGCUGAUGGGCACCUCGUCCGGCCAGAGAUUCACGCUCGUGUGGACAAGGGUUUCUUCUUGUCUGAGCGGGAUUGGACAUGCUACCGACGCAAUUACUUUUCAGUGAUUUGCUCCUAUAGCCUACAACCCACCACUUAUUCGCUGCCACUGUAUCUGAGGAGGACCGCGGGGGGACCGACGGAACACGUUCUCGCUUUCGCCAUGUGUAUCUCCGCAGUGGUUGACGCACCGGGUGGAAAGGUUGUUGAUCUUGUCCAGCACACUCCCAAACGAGACAAGGGGCCGCAGCACAAGCCAAACAGGAUAAAGCUUAGCCCCCAACCGACCGGGGGGAUGGCGUUUGCCGCCUCGAGUUCGAGUCCUGUGCUUCAGCAACAGGUACACUCGCCCCAGGCGGGAUCUUUAGACCGCGAGUACAGCUUCCCUCAACAGACUCAGCAACAGCAACACAUUGCCGUUUUCGACAGGAUCCAAUUUAAGUCGGCAACAGCCAAUAACGGUAAGCGACGGGCCGCCCAACAGUAUUACCAUUUAAUUGUCGAGCUUUUUGCCGAUGUCGGUAGCCCGUCUUCCUCGGCGGCUAGCGUUUCUGGACACCCUUCAAAUCCGCAGGGUUCCGAUGGAGGUUGGGUCAAGAUUGCGUACAGGAUUUCAGCCCCCAUGGUGGUACGCGGGAGAAGCCCUGGGCACUACGCGGAUGAACGAAGAACAAGCGCUUCCAGUCCUGGUGCGGGAGGGGGCUCCGGGAAUGGAAACGGUACCCAUCCCUCGCCCACUUCUGGCGGAUCCGGUUUUAUGAGUCCGGACGGAGUAACACCCGCGUCUGGUCUUGGAGGCUCAAGUUCCUCUAUGGGAAUGACGGGCCUGCAGCUGCAUACCACCGGCAUAUCAUCCAUGCACUCAUCCCCUGCGACAUCUUCCAUACACAACCCUUCCGUGUCUAGCGCAUCUUCUUCGUCACACCUAGAGCCUCCCAUUGACCCAAUCCUAGAUGCAGAGACGGCCUCACAACUUAAUUCUAAUUUUGUCGGAUAUCAAUAUUUCCCCUCAACCAUCUAUGAGUCCACCACCCAACCGCCUCCACAGAAUCUUGAGAACAAUUACGAAACUCACUCGUAUAGUAAUGAUCGAAAGAGUGAACAUCCUUUGGAAACAAACUGUCAACAGUUUGAUUCUGACGUAUCCUCUUACAUUCCCGCGAGCAUUUCAAGUAAUGAUUCUUUGAGAAAGACAGUGAAGGAAGAGUACAGUGCAAACUGGCUGGGGGGCGGCGCCUCGGUUGGGAGGGAGCAGAGGUUCAACCACACGAGCCUUUAUCCGAAAUGCGGGCGAUUUGAACCAGCAGAAACCUCACGCGGUUACUACCCGGAUCUCUCGGCCCUCUGAAGGAAGUGAGGAAAAUAAAAAUAAAAGAUUAGGAUUCCAUCGUUGGCCACGUGCAAGAUGGAUCGCAGCUCAAGUUAUUGCAUACGACAGCUAAGCUCCUGUAAUUUUUAAACUAAUCGCCUUUUUUCUUCAUUCAUAUGCUUUUCCGGCAUCUGCGUGAGCUUUGAUUGUGGGGAUUUUCGUUUCCCUUUCUCUUCUUUCUUUUGUGGUAUGUAACAUCACCUUGGGAUUUAUAGCAGGCAUUUCUUGAUCUUACGGAUAUUGGGGAAGCGGGGAUAUCCUUUCACUUUUAUUUUUAUUUGGCUCUUGUUUCAUUUUCUCCUUUUGGAUUUUUCUUUAUUUCUUCUCUUUUCUUCACUUUCCUCUACUAUUUUGUUCCUAGUACAUUUUUCUGCGUCUUUCUGGAGCCAGGCAUUGAUGACGUUCACGCCCUCCACCUGGUGCACUAGGCACCAAGGUGGUAUAACAGGAAACGCGUGUAACGAUUAAUGAUGACAGGUAAAAGCCGACAGGGCAGGGCAAAGAGAGAAAAUGGGUAGAACAGCAUUAGGGUUUCCUUUUUUCAUUAUAUUUUUAUUCCUAUUUCCUUUUUUUCCCUUUUUCCUGUCUUUUGUUUGUAAGAGAUUUCUCUGGGUGUUUUGGAUGCGGCGAAGGACUGGGAAUUUUUCUUGAAGGAAAUACCAAACGCUGAAAGAUUGCAAAAAAAAAAAAAAA